AUCAACAUUUGGUUGAAGUGCAGUGUUUUACAGACAAAUGUGUUUGAUUAUUCGUUCUAAAAAUAGAAAAGAAAUUCAGAAAACGUAAUAUAGUAAUUGUUUUUUUUUUGGCGGCUAUUUGAAUAUCAGCAAUUUUGUCUAAUUAAAAACUGCUGUUUUUAUCUUUGUUUCUUAGUAUGAUUCAGUUAUGAAUCAUAAAAGACAAAUAAAUGUAUGUGUUAUUGAAAAUCUGUAAUAGUGGUGUGCGUUAAAAAUGUCGAAAGCAGUGUUGAAUGUGACUGAUAAAGUUUACUAUGGAAUCAGGGACCAGUGGUACAAACUUAAGUCAUAUACAAGGACGGGCACAGAUGGCGCUGGUGAUUCUGGGACCCUGGACAUGGGGAGCCGGUCCUCAUUGCACACCGGCCUCAACAUGUCCGAAGAUGAGCAUUGGGAGAUGAAUUAUCAUGAGGCUGCUAUUUAUUUAGAGGAAGGUUUAAACAAUGAGAAGUUCGACUCCCACCCGUCAAGUCCUGAAGAGCUGCCAGCAUACCUCAGGGUCCACAACCCUUGGUACCACGGACUGGACCUUCUUGCUUCCCUAGUGCUUAUACUUUUAGCUUUUACUGAAGAUCCCGCUGUGCCUACGUUUGAGUUACCAGUAUGGGCACACGGGACGAUAGAACUGUUGGCGCUGACAGUGAUUGGCGUGGAACUUCACUUGAAGCUCAAGUGGAUCGGAUGGGGCACUAUACUGAAACACAAGAGGACAAUGAUAAAGGGUAUUACACUAUUAAUAAUGGUUCUGGAGGCGGUGGUAGUAUUAUGCAGACAGUCUUCCCAUUUCCGAGUCACCAGAGCUCUGCGUCCCAUCUUUUUGGUGGAUACCAGGCAUUGUGGAGGAGUCCGGAGGUUCAUCAGACAGAUUCUUCAGUCGCUACCACCGAUUAUUGAUAUGUUAGGUUUGCUAAUGUUCUUCGUGGCAACAUACUCACUGCUGGGCUACUAUCUGUUCUCGGAGCACGUGGACAAUGGCCACUUUCAGACCAUCAGCGACUCCUUCGUCAGCAUGUUUGUCUUGCUCACAACUGCCAAUUUCCCAGACGUCAUGAUGCCCUCAUACGCGAAGUCCAAAUGGUACGCCGUCUUCUUCAUCCUGUACAUCAUCACAGUCCUCUACGUACUCAUGAACUUGAUGCUGGCGGUGGUGUACGAGACGUUCACCCGCAUCGAGCGCGAGAAGUGCCGCGCGCUACUGCUGCACCGUCGUCGCGCGGCGCGGCACGCCUUCCGACUGCUCGUGUCGCGCCGCGCGCCCCACGCCGUGCGACUGCGACACUUCGCCGGACUCAUGCGCCAUUAUGCGCCUCAUUACAGUGGUCUGGAUGUGUACCUAAUGUUCAAGCAGCUGAACCAGUCAUCAUCAGGCGGCCUCUCCCGCAGCGAGUUUGCCAAUCUGUAUGAAGUGUUUGCCUUGCGCUGGGCAGGCCAGCAGUCCCGGGCUCCAUGGUACUCGCAGUCUCCUUUGGAACCGCUCGGCAGAGCUGCUGCAGCUGCAGUACGGUGGCCUUACUUCGAAUACCUUAUCUAUGCCCUGAUAAUUGGUAAUGGUAUGGCAAUGGUGCUUCGUGUAUGCGAGGCGGCCGGGGACCUGCAGGAUAGUGCGCGGCUACUCUGUGCAUCCUGGGAUACCUGGCUCUUCCUUACUUUAUUCCUCCUAGAAGCAGCUCUGCGUAUGAUGGCGUCAGGUCUGGCAGUGUACCUGGAGAGUGGGUGGAACGUGUUUGACCUGAGCGUGACGUUGCUGGCCCUCAUGGGAGCUGUGCUGCUCAGCAUUGCUCCUAAACUCUUCAUCGUAGUUAUCUUUAGACCGUUGAGACUAAUGCGCCUUUACAAAUUGAAGAAGCGGUACCGUGAUGUGUUCGGUACCCUGGUCCUUUUAUCCCCUCUCAUGUCGUCUGCUGGAUGUGUGAUGCUGGUCAUGUAUUACUUCUUCGCCAUCAUCGGCAUGGAACUCUUCGCCGGCUACGAUCUAAGGAACUGCUGUGUCAACACAACAGUGGAGGACUUCUACAAGUACUCGUUGAACAGUUCGACGGCACUCGGCUACUACUACCUGAACAACUUCGAAAACAUAGUGACCAGUGGAGUCACACUCUUCGAGCUGACCGUAGUCAACAACUGGUUCAUACUCAUGAAUGCGUACGCCACUGUCGCUGGACAGUUCAGCAGGAUUUACUUCAUGGUGUUCUACCUGUUCACGAUGGUGGUGCUAACGAUAGUAGUGGCCAGUGUCCUGGAGGCAUUCCGGUUCCGGAUACAGUAUAAACGAAGCACUACUAAGAGAGACGAGGAGAAGCUUCUUCACGAAGAAGUGCACACGAGUUGGGAGGAGGCUCAAAGGUUAGGAGCCAGUGGGGACCUCGCUGAUGAGCUGAGGCCAAACCUGCCACCGGGGGUGGAGGUAACAUUCAUCGGAUCCCGACCUCGUACGAAGGAGGUGUUACAGAGGAGAAUGUAUCAGACUGAUAUACAGAAGUGGCUGGCGGAGGAAGAUGAGAAUGAAGGUGUACCGCCCUCUACAACAAUAACGUCAAGCGAGGAUCCCCUCGCCCCGCCACUCAUCCACCAGCCCGACAGUGAGAACAACCACCAGAUGAGAACAGGUUACCAAUUGUAGAACAUAAUUCACUUAGCGCUGUACCACAGGCUAAUGUUCUUCUGGGACGCAAUCAAGAGCUUAUGAUGGACUCUCUGAGGAUGGGCCCUCAGCUGGCUACAAGCUUGACCACGGGUACAGGACGCUCGAUACAGAGUUACCGCAUGAAAUAUAAAAAAAAAUCGUUUAGAAAAAGGAAUUGACAGUUGACAGCUUUACAGGAUUUGACGUUUGACGCAGUGAUUUGUUUUGUGAACGUAUCCGAACUAUUCCAUAGAUAAUAGUAUUUACUUUUAAUCGAGCGAAAGAAUUUUGUACAGUUUACCUACAGCAGAACAAAUGGAAUAGGUACCUACCAAAGAAUUCCAUUUUUUUUAGUAAGUGAGGCUUGAGUGAUUUGUAUUCGUGUGUAUUCCAAAACGUUAUUUAAGAGUCGACGUAGAGAUUUUGUGUAGAUCGCGUACCUUUUGUAGUUAGAUGACGCCCUUACCCGCCAGCUACUAAUACUCUGCCAGUUAGGACAUUAAUAUCGAGUAGUGUGAAUGUAUACUAAAAUAAUAAUUAUAAAAUAUUCUGAGAGUUAGUUUAACAACUGUGAUAGAAUUUUAUGAAAUUAAAAGAGUGUGUAUUCGAUUGUACAGGCAGUUGUAUAGAAAGACUAGAUUAUUUCAUUUAAGUUUUUUAGACAGGUAGGACUUAGCUUUUUUGAACAUAUGGCAGCUAGUGGCUGAGCUAGAGCGAGAGACAGAUAGUGGACACAGAUUAAAAUGAACAAAAUAUAUACCUGAAUAGGAAUUCGACUGUUGUUCAUAAGCUGAUCUAUAAUUGUGUUUUUUAAGUUAUUGCAGUUGAUAUUUUCUUUUAUAAUAAAUUACUUCAACUAAAAAAUAUCUAUAAUGAGUACAACAGAGCAUAAUUUUGUUUAUUUAAUAAGGAUAAAUCUUGUAUUUAAAUAUAAGAUUAAUUCAAUUUUGUAAAGUUAUUAUAAACAUGAUAUUAUAGAUGAAUCGCCUUCGUAGGUUAGGUAAAUUUUAAUUAAAAGUAUUUAAAUGAUCAACUCCUAAAGAAUAACGGCAUGUAGGUGUUUCGUAAUAAAUUAUAACAUAGCUGAAAAUUCUCGAAUUGGUAAAAAGACAAAUUAAGAUACCUACUGGUUUUGAAUAAUUUAUA